AUGGAAAGCGAAUAUCGUGUAAUUUUAAAUGUUGGAGGGAUUCGGCAUGAAACAUAUAAACAUACACUCAAGAAAAUCCCUGCAACACGGUUAAGUCGACUAACGACAAAUUUAGCAAAUUAUGAUCCAGUUCUCAAUGAAUAUUUCUUUGACAGGCAUCCCGGUGUUUUCGCUCAAAUAUUAAAUUAUUAUCGAACUGGUAAAUUGCACUAUCCACUUGAUGUAUGUGGUCCUUUGUUCGAAGAAGAAUUACAAUAUUGGGGACUCGAUGCGAAUGAAGUAGAGCCAUGCUGUUGGAUGACAUAUACACAACAUCGCGAUACGCAAGAAGUUCUUGCUACCUUAGAUAAACUGGACAUCGAUAUUGAUGAAGAAAGAUUAAAUAACGAGGAAGAAAUUUAUAGAAGAUUUGGAUGGGAGGAUGAUUAUCAUAAUGAUUCUUUGUCAACUUGGCAGAAAUUGAAGCCGAAGAUUUGGCGAUUGUUCGAUGAACCUUAUUCAUCUCAAGGAGCGAAGGUUGUAGCUGUCAUAUCAGUCUUCUUUCUGAUCGCUGCCAUUCUCGUGUUUUGCUUGAAAACUCAUCCAGGUUUGCGGGUUUCGGAAAUUUAUCCUAUGCAGACCAAUCAAACUUUUAGGCAAUCUCGUUCAAACGGUGUAACUUUCAAAUAUCGUACUGAGUCAAUCGGUGUUGACAAAACAAAUUCGAAACCACAUCCUGGUUUCUUGGUGGUUGAAACUAUAUGCAAUAUAUGGUUUACUAUUGAAAUAACUAUUCGAUUUAUUUCAUGCCCCAACAAAAUCAAAUAUUUUCAAACACCUGUGAACGUGAUCGAUUUAGUUGCUACCAUAACUUUUUAUGUGGAUCUUCUUUUAACCACAUUUGGCACUACAGCUGACUUGGAAUUCUUCUCAAUCAUUAGGAUAAUGCGAUUAUUUAAAUUGACUCAGCAUUCAAGCGGCUUAAAAAUUCUUAUGCACACUUUCAGAGCGAGUGCAAAGGAACUUAUGUUGCUUGUCUUCUUUUUGGUUCUUGGUAUUGUUGUGUUCGCAUCACUUGUUUAUUAUGCCGAACGCAUAGAAGUGAACCCGGAUAACCAAUUUCAGAGCAUUCCACUCGGUCUUUGGUGGGCGAUAGUGACAAUGACGACGAUCGGUUAUGGUGAUAUGACACCGCACACUUACCUUGGUCGUAUCAUUGGCUCUGUAUGUGCGUUAGCUGGUGUAUUAACUAUUGCUUUGCCUGUUCCUGUAAUUGUGAGUAAUUUCGCAAUGUUCUAUUCACAUACUCAAGCGCGAUCAAAAAUGCCGAAAAAAAGACGAGGUGUAUUAAGUUUGGACCAGGUGAUCUAUUUUGCUGAAAUAUAA